AUGGUUUCUGACAGUUGGAAGGCAGCUUUCCUGGCUGCAUCUGCAACAUUGCUGCAAUCAGCUGUCGCGCAGAAUGUGACAUGCAAUGGGUCAUUCUCUCCCAUUUCAGCCUCCAACUUUGUCAGCAAGAUGAAUCCAGGAUGGAAUCUGGGCAACACACUCGACGCUGUCCAGAAAGAAGGCGACUGGAACAAUCCACCAGUCGUUGCUACGACCUUCGAUGACAUUAAGUCUGCGGGCUUCAAGGGAGUUCGUCUUCCGGUAACAUGGGCUUAUCAUUUCACGUCGGAAGCCCCUGACUACACUGUUGAUCCUGUCUGGCUACAGCGCGUGUCAGACGUUAUUGACAUGAUAACGUCGCGUGGAUUCUAUGCCAUCGUGAAUGUGCAUCAUGAUUCAUGGACAUGGAUGGACCUUACAAAGGAGACAGACUACGCUAAGAUAGAGGACAAAUUCUACAAGCUUUGGUAUCAGAUUGGUACGAAGCUGGCAUGCAAAGGGAGCCAGGUUGCAUUUGAGCCUAUCAACGAGAUACCCGGAACUACGGCUGAGCAUGGUGCUGAGGUCAACAAACUCAACAACAUUUUCUUGAAGGCUAUCAAUGACGCUGGAGGUUUCAAUCCGCAGCGAGUCGUGACACUUGUUGGGAGUGGGGAAGAUGGGCCAAAGACAAGCCAGUGGUUCGUGAAACCAGAUGCGAAGUUUAAGAACCCUUGGGCGAUUCAGUACCAUUACUACUCACCUUAUGACUUCAUCUUUAGCGCCUGGGGCAAGACCACAUGGGGCAGUGAUGCAGACAAAGCCUCUCUUGAGGCAGAUAUCGCUGCUGUACGAGGUAACUUCACGGACAUUCCUCUCAUCAUUGGAGAAUGGGCCGCUUCCCCUGUUGCUACCGAAACCGCAGCACGCUGGAGAUAUUUCGAUUUCUUCAUCCGCACAGCCGCGAAGUACAACACUGCCACUGUUCUGUGGGACAACGGUGCCGACUUCUUGAACCGCGCAACCCAUCAAUGGCGUGAUCAGGUUGCGCUUGAUAUUCUCAGAACUGCUGCCGCUGGGAAAACAAACAGCCUUCCCGAUAGCACGACAGACGGUUCCACUACCCAGAACAGCUCUGCUUAUGUUUACCACAAGCUGAACGAGACCGUCACUGAUGUUGAGCUUCCGUUCCAUUUCAACGGAAACUCCUUCUCCUCUGCGAAGCUGGCUGGCAAGAACUUGGCCAAAGGAAAAGACUACUCUGUUUCAGGAGAGAAAAUAACAUUCAAGAAGUCGUUCUUGUCCACGAUCCUGACAUCCAGCUCCCGAACAGGCUCACUCGCCAACGUCACACUGAACUUCUCCGCCGGCGCAUCUCUACAAGUCAACAUUCUCCAGUGGUCGGUUCCAACUCUCGGCGUUACAUCCUCAAAAGUCCCAGCCUCAUCAACAGAUUUGUUGAUUCCCAUCACUUGGGCAGGCCAGAACCGACCCGCAGCUGUCCGAGCAGUUAAAAAUGAUGGAACGUAUCUGUCUGAUGAUUGGACGCAGUAUUUGCCCGAUCUCCAAAAGGCCAGGAUAACGUACAAUGGUCAGUGGAACUGGGAUGGCCAGAAUGUGGUGCUCCCAGCUGCUGUUGUGGACUUGGUGAGACAGGGUGGAAAGGACACCACUUUUACGAUUGAGUUCUAUCCACGGGUACCAGGAAAUGUAGUUAAUUAUACGUUAACAGUGUAA